CCUCAGAAGAAGAGUUUAUUGGACUGAAGACUGAGUUCAAUAUAUGUAAGCAUGUCUUAAAAGAACGUUUAAAAGAGCUGCAAAAUAUUGCAGAAUCAAUGGAGAGGGAUAUAAAAGAGCUAACAAGAGAAUUUGAGAGGUCAAAGCAAGCUGCCAAAGAGCAAUUACAGGAGCUUAAUCGGCUUAGAGAUUACGUGGGAUGUUGUAAAGACGACCUCAGGGGAAACUUUGCAAUGGAUGAGCAGGCCGCAGAGAAGGAUAUAGUGGAAAUGCGAGAUUUAAACAAAAUGGAACGUCGUGAGAGUACGGGAAGCGUGCCAAUGCAUCCGCGUAAAAGCCCCUUUCUUAAAAGAGUGAGAGGUUGCUUUGGUAAAAAGUCAGGAAAGAGUAAGAGGAAACCCACAGCUGCACAGCCCAGAAAGGAAGUAGCAGGAGGUGACAACACACCCACCAUUGAUUGGCCCACAAAUUUUGAUCAUCACAGCCAGCGCAGUUCGAUUUCUGGAAUUUUUACUUUCGCACCAAAUCAUCGGAGGUCAAUAAGCCUAGGCGGCAUCCAACAUUUGGAAUUGUUUUCCGGUACCUUCGACAAGGAUGAAAGAAACAUGACAAAGGAUGAACCAAUAGACAUUGAUAGCCAGCCAAAAUCUCAAAAGAAAGAAGAAGGUUCUAGAGUGGAAUUUCAGUUCAAGGUCCGAGGAAAGCACAAUCUGAUGUAUAAGUGGUUUAAAGAUGGCAGUGAAUUACCAAGGCAAAAUAAUGACACUCUCGUCCUUGACUGUAUUAAGCUGCGUGAUUUUGGUAAAUACACGUGUGAAGUAAGCUACCAGGAUCGUUGUUGCGUACCAGUGAAAUCAAGUCCUGCUGAACUGGAUGUCAUUCCGACUGAAAGUCAAAGUAGAACAAAGCUUAAACUUUUACAAGAAGUAGACUUCGAAACCCGUGAAGAACUUGCACGUAUGCUUGAGAACGGCCUAUAUAGUCUUGGGGAUUGGAAGCAAGUUGCUGCUGAGUACGGCAUGAGAGAGAGAUAUAUAUCAGGUCUUGCCAAUUCCAAGGAACCUGGAAAAAACGUCAUAGAGUUUCUGGGUGGUUCUCAUCCAGACCUGACGGUUUACAGCUUCUGCAGGGUGCUAAAGCACCAAAAAAUAAGACGCUUAGACAUUGUAAAGCUCCUAGAAGAUCAUUUUUAACCAAGACAUAGAGAGAUUAACCCUCUGGUUCACUGCGAAUUACUUGCAAGUAAACGCUACUGAAACUCAGGCAAUGAUACUGGGGAAAUCUCGGUACCCAUACAAUCUUUUUAUUGUUGAUAAUUCCAUGCCCUGUCUCCAAACGUUUUCGAAUCAGCCAAGCGUUCAUGAUAAUGAAGCAAUUGUUUCCCAUGAUGAUCUCAAUAAGUCUUCGUUCUUAUAUCUCAGCA